UCUAGGUCUUCGAAGAGCCCUAUCUAUACUAUCUAAAGAACUGUACGCGACUGCGAGCUUGACGCCGGCAGCAGCGGAACGGAGAAGUCAGACAGCGGGACGAAAGCGGGAGGAAAGUUCCGCCCCUGGCCAAAAUUUACAAUGACCACCGACUCGCUAGCAACUUCAUCGUUUGGCGAGGACCCCGAGAAGGAUGUCGGCUUAAAUUCAUCGCCGAAAGACGGCGAAGUGCACCUCACGAAGUACGAAGCCGACCUCCGCGAUGCUGCGGAGCCUCCCUUCACGGAGGAAGUUGAGCCUGCGGCAAAUGGCUCCGCACUGGAGAGGGUCGCCUCCGCAAAGCCUUCGGUGAACAACAUUAAAUCUGUACCGAAUGGCGGAUUGGUGGCAUGGCUCCAAGUCCUUGGCUCCUUCUUCAUCUACUGGAACUCUUGGGGUAUCGUCAACACAUUUGGUGUGUACCAAACGUAUUACGAGACAGGCCUGCUGGCCUCCUCAUCUCCUUCCGACAUCGCAUGGGUUGGGUCAAUCCAGGCCUUUCUACUCAUGAUAGGCGGUGCGAUCGCAGGGCCCGUUUACGAUGCAGGAUACAUCCGGUCUUUGCUGCUAGGAGGCUCUAUCCUGACCGUGUUCGGCCAGAUGAUGUUGAGCUUGUCCACGAAGCUGUGGCAAGUCAUGCUCUCCCAAGGCAUCUGCAUGGGCAUUGGUCUAGGCAUUCUAUUCACACCUGGCGUUGCGAUCUUGAGUACCUACUGGAGCACCCGCAUAGCACUCGCUACCGGCAUUGCGGCGGCAGGUAGCAGCCUCGGCGGCACAGUCAUGCCAAUCGUCUUUUACCGGUUACAACCCGUCAUUGGCUUUGCGUGGGCGACGCGAGUGCUCGGAUUCAUAAUGCUAUUUACCCUGAUUAUCUCAAACCUCACCCUCAAAGUCCGCGUAUUGCCCGCCGGACGAAGGAAGAUGAUCGACUAUACCGCGCUGAAAGAAACACCCUACAUGCUCUUCACGAUCGGCCAGACCCUCGCAUUCGUCGGCCUGUACGUCCCCUUCUUCUACGUCCAAUCGUACGUGAUUCGGACGGGCAUUGCGAAGCCGGAUCUGGCAUUCUACUUCCUGUCCAUCAUAAACGCGGCGAGCACAUUUGGCCGCAUCAUCCCCGGCUACAUGGCCGACUUCGUGGGUCCGCUCAACUUGAUCGUCCCAUUUACGAUCAUCGCCGGCAUCCUCUGUCUUGCACUCACCGGCGCGCAUUCGGUCGCAUCAGUCAUUGUUAUCCUCGUGAUAUUCGGCUUUUGCAGUGGCACGCUCGUUAGCUUGCCACCGACGAUCAUCGUCCAAUUAACAGCGAACCGGGCGGUAAUCGGCACGAGGAUUGGGAUGUGUUUUGCCAUUGUAUCAGUGGGCUUACUGAUCGGUACGCCGGUCAGUGGUGCAAUCCUCGGCGCCAGCAGCUUCACAUACGUGUGGGUGUUUGGUGGUAUAUUCACGGUUGCUGGCGGCCUUGCCAUGGGAGCAUGUAGGGUAGCGAAAGGUGGUUGGACAUUGGUGAGGAAGUGCUAGCUAGCUAUCUCCAUUCUGCGGGGCAUCGCCAUCAUCCAAAGCCAACCGUACAAAUUUCAGCUUGCCUAUUGUCCCAGGUUUUGAGAUGUGUGAAAAAGGUACGGUUCGAUCAUCGCACCUAGCUACCGGCCAAGAGCGAAUGUCGCCUACUUCCAUCGGCGACAACUACCAGCAGACGCACAUCCGCAUCCCAAGCCGCGGCGCACCCCUGAAGGGGCCGGCCAGCUAAGCCU